AAAAGAGGUGGUGCGUACCCUGACAUAUUGCCCUGCUCAUGAUCACUAUCCGUGAUUUUCUGUCGACAAACUCUCAGAUCAGCGCCAUUGAAGUAUAUCUAGGACUAGGACCCUUUGUCUCACAAGCAAAUUGAUUCGACAUAAUUAUGAUAUUCUAUUCGAGAAGUGGCUCUUUUCUCUGGGCCUGUGUAUGUUGCCUGUCUCUAUUCGAUUGGAAAACCGUUUACACAGGUGCAAGCCCUGUAGCUGAAAGAAAGCCAACUUUCGACUGGGCAAAGCUAGCUCCAUCUGCGGUCUUGAACUGGACGCAAUGCUUUGAGAAUUACACGUGCACGAAACUGAAAGUCCCUCUUGACUAUGAAAACCCUUCUAUCGGAAGCACUGGCAUAGCGUUCAUCAAAUUAGCUGCUAAGAACAACUCCGAUACAGCGCCAAACAUUUUGAUUAAUCAAGGUGGUCCGGGAGGAUCUGGAGUUGAUUUCCUCCUGUCAACAGGAUCAGAGUUGGAGGCCAUUCUCGGAUCUGACUACAACAUCGUCGGCUUUGACCCCCGUGGAGUUAACAACAGUGGACCUGUCGUCGACUGCUUUCCCCGCCAUUCGGAUGCAAGGGAGGAGUUUUCCGAUCAAUUCUUUACUGUCACAGCCAAUUCGUCUUCAAACUCUCUGGAGCAGCAAUUUUACGCUGCUGACCUUUUCGGACAAUGGUGUAGUGCAGCAUUCCGGAAGAACGCCAGUGGCGAGUAUGUGAGCACACCGGCAGUCGCUACGGAUAUGCUCACAUAUGCCAAAGCAGAGCAGAGAGCGGCGGGGAAACCGGAAGAAGAGGCCAAGCUGUGGUACUAUGCUGUCAGUUACGGAACCGCUCUGGGUUCAACCUUUGCUGCCCUUUAUCCUCAAAAUGUGGGGCGAUUGGUGCUCGAUGGAGUCUUGGACGCCGAGGACUAUUUCAACGGUGCGUGGGAGUCGAACCUGUACCAAUCAGACGAUGCGCUGGGUACCUUCUCGACAUAUUGCCACCAGGCUGGUCCCAAUAAUUGUUCUUUCUGGGGUCCGUCGUCGCAGAACAUCACUGAUAGACUAGACGUCAUUAUAUCCACACUUCGAGAUCAUCCUCUGCCGGUAGCAGGUGUUGACAGUGAAAAAGGACCGGGACUUGCUACCUACGCAGAUCUCAAGCAGCUCCUUCUCUGGGCCGUGUACGCUCCUGUUCAAAGAUUUCCGGAACUCGCAGAUGCUCUCAAAGCACUCGAAAGCGGAGAUGGCUCCCAGGUCAUGAACGGACUCGACAAUGUGGUUGUCACGGAUGACGAAGAUACCAUCAUCAAAUGUGUUGAUGGCUAUCGUGGAACUGAUUUGUCCACUUUGGAAGCAUACCAAAAUUAUGUAACACUUCUCGAGAAAGAAAGCCACUAUUUUGGAGAUGCAUGGCCGACGAACGCCGACAAUGUCCUUUGCAGGUCUGUGAACCUUACGACAACCGACAAGCGAGCCUUUUCUGGCUUCUUGCACCCAACCAGGUAUAAUACUUCAUUUCCUAUUCUGUAUGUGGCCAGUACGAUAGAUCCUGUCACACCAACUUCGCAGAAUCCUCCCAGAGGGUGAGUGAAGGCGGCUUGGAAGCUACGGUCAAGUUCCGACGACUGACUGUCGCAGGGCCUAUAAAAUGUCUCAAUACUUUCCCGGGUCGGUCGUAUUGCUGCAGGAUUCCAUUGGUCAUACCGCCAGUAUCAGCGCAUCAGACUGUCUUGCAGAGAACAUUAGCCGCUACCUUUCGGGCACCUUACCCAAUGCCAACACGACUUGUCAUGGAGCGCCAGUCCCCUUUCAGGACGCCUCAGCUGGUCAUUGAGCAGAUAUCGGGUGAAUUCACAGAUAUCUGCGUGAACAGUGGCGAGACCAUUACACAACUUGGAAUGCGGGACCAGCUUGGCCAACGUAUUGGUCACCCGUGCCGUCACGAUGGUUCGUGGUGCUGGCACCACGAAUGGAAGUAACCAGGAUGAGGCCAGUCUACUCUUCUUUCCUAAGACGGCCUACAAUUAUUUCUUACUGCAAAAGUUACUCGAUAGUGGUUAUGAGAGUAUCUUUGCCCCUUUUAUCACGCUCGAGCUCGGCAUAUCAUGAAUCAGUCUUUCAAACGACCGCAGGUUGGCCUGUAGCCUCAUCUUCCACCGAACUACCUCUCGUUUCGAUCGUUGCU